UCUCUGGCAGGUUACACGAGUUUAUUUUCAGCGUUUUUCUUAGAGACGGGUUAUGAUGGUGUAAACUAACCGUGGUCAAGCCUAGUGCCAGUACAACAAUGUUUUUCCUGGACUCUUAACACCCGAGAGGAAACGUCUCCCGUGCGCCGAGGUUUGGAAUUUAGCGGUGACAUGUGAAAUGUUGCUGCGUGGUUUGUCGGUAUUUCCAGGCGGCGACGGACAGACCAAGCCAGGCUAGCGUAGCUAACUAGCAGCUCGGCUAGCUAUCGUUGGCCUCUCCGCUGGCUGAGCGUGUUGCUGUUGUUGUUGUGUCGACGCCGCGUUUAACACAGCUCUGCUUGUUCGUGGUUGUCCGGUCAGCUGCAGCUUGCUGAGUUUCAAACCAGACUGCUGUUUAAGACAAGGGCGGCGGAGCAACUUGGCUAAUGUUAGCUACUUUUAUGCGCUGGACGCCGCUGUGAGUGAAAGUGAGUGGUGCCUUAAGCUAGCCAUAUCCAUCAUCGGAUACUCAUUUUGACACCCUGUCCGUUCAUAUUAACCGGACCCGGUUAAACCGGUGCUGAAAUGCAGCGCUGAUACUUGUAUUUGUUUGUUAGGAGCUCACGUCGCACUACACCAGUUACAGUGUUUUGGCUGACAUGGCAGCCAGCGGAUACUCUGACCUGAGGGAGAAGCUUAAGUCCAUGACUCCACACAGAGACGACUACAAAAAUAAAUACGUGGACGGGACGAGUAACGGCAGCGGGAAAGGCCGAAAGCGCAAGUACCGGGAGUCAGACGACGAUGAAUGCGAGCACAGCGAUGACAGCGCGGAGCUCCGGGAGCAGGAGGCCCGCCGGGUGAGGAGCAGCAUCCUGCAGAAGAGUAUCUUCACACCGGAGGAGUGCACUCUCAUCGAGGAGAAGAUCGACGAGGUGGUCACCAAGGGAGAAGCUGGACUUUACCGUGAGCACACUGUGGACAGGGCACCCCUCCGUAACAAGUACUUCUUCGGGGAGGGGUACACAUAUGGAGCCCAGCUGGAGAAGCGUGGACCGGGCCAGGAGAGACUGUACCGCAAAGGAGAGGUGGAUGAGAUCCCGAACUGGGUGCAUGAGCUAGUGAUCAAGCGGCUGGUGUCCAAUGGAGUGAUCCCGGAAGGAUUUGUUAACAGUGCAGUCAUCAAUGAUUAUCAGCCAGGUGGCUGUAUUGUGUCACAUGUUGAUCCUCUGCACAUCUUUGCGCGGCCCAUCGUCUCUGUGUCCUUCUUCAGUGACAGCGCGCUCUGCUUCGGCUGCCGCUUCCAGUUCAAACCGAUCCGUGUGUCAGAGCCAGUGUUUGUCCUGCCUGUGAGGAGAGGCAGCGUCACAGUACUCAGUGGCUAUGCUGCAGAUGACAUCACCCAUUGCAUCCGGCCCCAAGACAUCAAGGAACGGCGGGCAGUCAUCAUUCUCAGAAAGACCAGACCUGAUGCUCCUCGAUUGGAUUCGGACAGCCCUUUAAGCUCGUCCCUUUCGGAGAGACCCACUCCUCUGAAAGCCAAGCGCUCUCACCGCAAAGCAGACCCCGAUGCAGCUCACAGGCCAAGGGUUUUGGAGAUGGAUAAAGAGGAGAACAGACAUCCUUCUCUCUCCCGUCAUCGUCGUCACAGCAGCAGCUCAGAAAACUACUGGAGGCGUGGUCAGGACUACGACAAACACCGGGAGAGUUCAGGGCGCAAAGUUAAAAUGAGACGUCAUUGAGAACUUCUCAGUCACACACAUUCACAUAUAAAUAUAUCCGUUCUUUUAUGUAUUUCAAUAUUACAACAUUCUUUGAUCAGAUAACAUUUUCUGGCUCCAGUUUUAGUCUGGCACAAGGAGACAACACGGUCAUCAUGCUGUAUGCAUUUUGAUUUGGGUCUGGAUCAGUUUGAGUGUAUAUUUGUUUCUGGCAGAUGAAGCUGGCGUCUCUGCUACGCGUUAUAGAACCUGAAGUUACUUACUACAGUUAGGCUCUGUUGUUAAACUGUUCAAUUACCUUAAAUUAAACUGUUUUGUUUCUAUGUUCAUAGAUACUUCAAAAUGGCAUGUAUUUUUUGUAACCAAGAUGUACAGACCUUAAGAGCUAAAAGGAAGAUGUACGUAUGGACUUGUAUAAAAGAAACCCUGAGCUGUAAUCUAACUUGUUAUAAUGUACAAUACAUUUGUAUAGUCUUUGAUUGGGGGAACUUUUAUGCAGAAUGAAAUCUUUUUUUCUUUUUUGGAAGCACCUAUAUUUCUGAUCCACACUUUUACUGUGCCAUCCCAGAUCUUUGCUGUUUGUUCACUUUAGAUUCUCUGUCGCAGUUUUAAGUUGCAGCAACUGGCAGAUGUCCAAUUAUGCUUUCUGUGUUAUCAUUUGAUUCAGCCGCGUGGCUCCUCUUGGUGAUGGUCACAAUAUGGUGUAUCGACUAAACUGAUGCUUUAUGGAGUGAAGGAAUACUCAGGCCUUGUUUUACACUCUUGUUUCAGUCUGAACUUGCUUUACCUUAUGUAGUGACAGAUGCCAUGUUAUUGCUGUUCUCUAUUAAAUCUAAUUUUUGCUCA